AUGGCCUCGCUGGACCUGCCCUAUCGGUGUCCGCGGUGCGGAGAGCACAAGCGCUUCCGCAGCCUCUCCUCGCUGCGGGCACACCUGGAGUACAACCACACCUAUGAGACCCUCUACGUCCUCUCCAAGACCAACAGCAUCUGCGAUGCUGCUGUCUUCCCCCUGGCCGCCGACGGGGCCCUGUUGACACCGGCCGCAAGGAGGGACUACUUUGAGAGCACCUCCUUCCAAGGCAAGGACCAGCGCUUCUCCUGUGACCUCGUCCCUGCCGAUGAGCUGGAGCCAGCCUCGUCCUCCUCCCCCUCUCCCCGCUAUGUCCACGAGAUCGAGAUCCCACUGACGGAGAUCUUCACCCGGGGCAAAGCCGUGGCGCCGGCGCCAGUGCCACCAGCCACGAUGGACACUGCCUAUGAGGAAGGCUUGGCCCGCCUGAAGAUCCGCGCCUUUGAGAAGCUGGAGGUGGACAAGCGGCUGGAGAAGCUGACGGAGGAGGUGGAGCAGAAGAUCGCCUCACAGGUGGGCCGGCUCCAGGUGGAGCUGGACCGCAAGAGCUCGGAGCUGGAGAAGGCCAAGCAGGAGAGCCUGCGGCUCAGCAGGGAGAAGCAGGAGCUGGAGGACCGGGCAUCAGAGCUGUCCCGCCAGGUGGAUGUCAGCGUGGAGAUGUUGGCCUCCCUCAAGCAGGACCUGGUGCAGAAGGAGCAGGAGCUCACCCGCAAGCAACAGGAGGUGCUGCAGAUCGACCAGUUCCUGAAGGAGACGGCAGCCCGUGAGGCCAACGCCAAGGUCCGUCUGCAGCACUUCAUCGAGGAGCUGCUGGACCGAGCGGACAGGGCUGAGAAGCAGCUCCAGAUCAUCAGCAGCAGCUGUGGCACCACCCCAAAUGGCAGCCUGGGACGCUGUGGCACGCCAGGGAUCAAGGCCAUCGGGCGACCGAGAGACCGGCACCCAGGGCCAGGAGUGGCCAUACAUGGUCCUUACGGCGUGUCCAACCAGCGCUCCUCCUCCAGCACUGGGGCCUCAAGCCGGGCGAAAGCUGUGUCACAGAGCUCGGGGUGCUACGACAGCGACAGCGCAGAGCCAUGUCCCACUGAUGACACGGCCGAUGGACAUCCCUACCCGGCACGGGAUGGCGCCCGGGGCUCGGGGCUGCGCCGCCAAGCCAUCCAGAACUGGCACCGACGGCCCUACCGCAACAGUACUGAGGGAGAGGAAGGAGAUGUCUCCGACGUCGGCUCCCGCACCACCGAGUCAGAGGCUGAGGGAUGGGAGCCAGAUGCACCGGGAUCUGCUGCAUCCCGACCCACCGGCAGCUGCCGGCUGACAGCCAGGACUGAGGGUGCUGGGGGCAAGGUGUGCCGGCUGGAGAGGGGCAGCCCAGGCCACUCCAGUGAGGUGAUCAGCCCUGAGAUCCUCAAGAUGCGUGCAGCUCUCUUCUGCAUCUUCACCUACCUGGACACCAAGACACUGCUGCGGGCGGCCGAGGUGUGCAAGGACUGGAAGUUCGUGGCCCGGCACCCGGCUGUGUGGACACGGGUGCUGCUGGAGAAUGCCAGGGUGUCCUCCAAGUUCUUGGCCAUGCUGUCUCAGUGGUGCACCCAGAUGCAUUCCCUCACCCUCCAAAACCUCAAGCCACGCCAGCGAGGGAAGAAGGAGAGCAAGGAAGACUACAUGAAGAGCACGCGGGGUUGCCUGGAAGCUGGUCUGGAGUCCCUGCUGAAGGCGACGGGCAGUAACCUGCUCAUCCUCCGCAUCUCGCACUGCCCCAACGUGCUGACGGACCGCUCACUCUGGCUGGCCAGCUGCUACUGCCGGGCCCUGCAGGCUGUCACCUACAGGAGCUCUACGGACCCUGUGGGUCAUGAAGUCAUCUGGGCCCUUGGAGCAGGUUGCAGGGACAUCAUCUCCCUCCAGGUUGCACCUCUGCAUCCAUGCCAGCAGCCAACACGCUUCAGCAACCGCUGCCUUCAGAUGAUCGGGCGGUGUUGGCCGCACCUGCGGGCGCUCGGCGUUGGAGGGGCAGGCUGUGGUGUCCAGGGACUGGCAUCCUUAGCCCGAAACUGCAUGAGGCUUCAGGUCCUGGAGCUGGACCAUGUGGCAGAGAUCAACCAGGAAGUUGCAGCAGAGGUGUGUCGAGAGGGACUGAAGGGGCUGGAGAUGUUGGUGCUGACCUCCACACCAGUCACCCCCAAAGCCCUUCUGCACUUCAACAGUGUGUGCCGGAACCUGAAGUCCAUCGUUGUGCAGGUGGGCAUUGUAGACUACUUCAAGGAGCCCCACAGCCCUGAAGCCAAGAAGAUGUUUGAAGAAAUGGUGAACAAACUCCAGGCCCUGAGGAAAAGACCAGGCUUCUCCAAGAUUUUACACAUCAAAGUGGAAGGAAGCUGUUAG